AAUCUCAAACGUUUUCCUCAUUGCCUGCUCUUAACUCGGGUUGGCCAAUUCUAUGAGUCUUACUUUGACCAAGCCCCGGAAAUUGCUCGCCUUCUCAACAUUAAGCUUACAAGCAGAAAAUGGAAUGGCGUUCAAGUUCCAAUGUGCGGAUUUCCUUUAAUACAUAUCGACAAGCACCUCAAAGUGCUUGUCCAGGAGCACAAACGCUUCGUUGCCAUGUGCGAAGAAUUCCCUCGUGUUACGUGUGGGGCGAAAGAGUUUGAUAGACGAGUAUCACGGAUUAUUACCCCGGGCACACUUAUUGAUGAACCUUUCUUGAACCCUUUCGAGAACAAUUAUCUUUUGGCAAUCAGCGUCCCAUCCAACGUGGAUCCGAUUUCUGGCUUUAACCAUUCAUUAGGUUUGGCCUGGACCGAUAUUUCCACCGGAGAGUUUUACUCGCGACAAUGCUUGCUGGAGUCCCUUCAGGAUGAACUGGCAAGGAUUGCCCCUCGCGAAGUUAUCCUGACCAAUGAUUUCAAAUCAACACCAGACCACCCCGUCGUCAAAGCUUUGGUCGAGGAAGGCAGUUUUAUUUCUUUUGUUGCGUUUCCACAUACCGACGACAUCCCCCGGCGCGUCGAAUACGACCAUCCCCAUGAUGUCGGGUUUGCAAGUCACAACUUGUCCGCUGAAGAGUUGCUUGGUGCUUACCUACGCGCAAAUCUACUGGAGCAUAUGCCGACCCUCCCCUCCCCGUCGCAUGAAACAGCCCUUAACCGCAUGCAAAUCGAUUCUCAUACAAUUAAAGCCCUUGAAAUUCGCGAAGGGGUGUACCAAGGAGGCAGUAAGGGAACCCUUCUUGGCGUCAUCAAACGAACAACAACUAGUGGUGGAGCCCGCCUCCUUGCGAGAUGGCUUUGUUCGCCAAGUACGUCUAUUUCAGAGAUAGAAUCUCGCCAGGCCGUAGUCGCUUCUUUUCACAGACACCCCCACUUCCGAGCAGACAUCAAAGAAAUCAUUGGCGACGCUGAGGACAUAGGGCGUAUCGUUCAGAAGUUCCUCCUCGGUCGUGGUGACUGCACCGACCUUCUUUCCGUCGCUCGGACAAUUGAUAUCUGGUGGGCUAUCAUUAAGCGAGUUAACGAGGAGAAGUUCAUGAAAGACACGGGAACGAACGAAGUGAAGGAGGACUGGCGUUCUUUCAAAACUCUUGUGAAUCAGAUCGUGGAUUUGAACUACCUAUCAACAAGGAUUCGAACCGCCCUUUCCACGGAUUCAUUCGUAAGAGAAGGACCGACAGAAAGCAUGGAGGGGAUUACUGAAGUGGAGCCUACAGAAGGAACACAAUCAUUUGGCAAAUAUCAGGGUAAAUGGAUGAUCAAUCCAGACUUCUCACAGAAACUUGCCUCUUUACAUCGAGCCCUUCAACGUUUUCUCCAACAAAAGGAUCGUCUCGAAAGAGAACUGCAGCUACAAUAUGAGGCCCCGUCUCUGACUCUCCGCAGCUCGCCCGCACUAGGGAUGCAUGUUCACUUAUCCAAGGCCAAACGUGAUAAGAAGCAACUUGACGCCACUCCUACUUUCAUCAGCAUUUCAGAGAGCGGUACCACGAAAUCCUAUUUUUACAAGGAGUGGUCACACCUUGGAGGCCUUAUCUCAGAAACAAUCUCUGCCCUCGUUUUAGCUGAAAAGGAGGCAUUUGACAUUCUUCGACACGAGGUACCAUACAACGCCUUCGCCCUUAGGAGGAAUGCAGAAAUAUUGGACGAAUUAGAUGUGACGUUGUCUUUUGCGACUCUUGCCGCUGAGAUGAACUUUGUCCGGCCCCGCAUCACAGAUGAUUCCUCAUUCCAUGUAGUCAAUGGGAGGCAUCCUGCUGUGGAAUUAGGCUUGUUAUCGGCGGGUCGUGUUUACACUCCUAACUCUGUCGAGAUGGCGCCGACGUGUAACUUGCACAUUAUUACGGGGCCAAACAUGGCUGGCAAGUCAACCUUUCUACGGCAAACGGCCCUUGUCGCUGUCCUGGCUCAGGUCGGGUCGUUCGUACCUGCCGACUUUGCAACUAUUGGCAUAGUAGAUAAGCUAUUCUCGAGGAUUGGGGCAAAGGACGACUUGUUCCGCGAUCGGAGUACCUUUAUGGUGGAAAUGUUGGAGACUGCCGACAUCUUACGUCGCGCUACUCCCAAAAGUCUUGUCAUCAUGGAUGAGGUCGGGCGUGGUACGACGGUCAAAGAUGGCUUAGCCCUUGCAUUUGCAACUGUCCACCAUCUGACUGUAAAGAAUCAAUGUCGAUGUCUGUUUGCGACUCACUUCCAUGAGCUCUCCGACCUGCUUGGUUGGUCAAACGGAAUCUCCAACCAAUGUGCAUUUAGCAAGGUACGAUUCUAUUGUACCGACGUUGUUGAAAUCGAAGAUGGCCAUUUCACCUAUGCAUACCGUUUGCAACCUGGAGUCAACAGAGAAAGCCAUGGCCUGAAGGUUGCGCAACUAGCUGGCCUUCCACCAGAUGCGUUGAGCGUUGCGUCACAGACUUUAAACUGGCUAAAACGCAAGGAAUAUGAAAGGACUACAAUUUCGCCCUUCUGUGUGCCUGAAAUUACUGAUGGAUAA